AUGGUGCGGACAACACCAGCACUUGCCGUGCUCCUUCUGGCACUCUACGAUGCAGUUGCAGCGGCACCCACUUGGCCCGCGUCUACCGACGAUCUGGAAGAUAUUCUGUACCUCAAUUCCGGGUAUCGAGCACGUGGCUUUGCCUCGCCUGUCAUUCCAUGUUCAAGCGGCGAUGGUCCAGAUCGCAAUGCGGCAGCCGAGUGGAUACGGACAGCUUUCCACGACAUGGCUUCCGCCAACGCCGGUACUGGAGUAGGAGGAACUGACGGGUCAAUUCUUUUUGAAUUAAGUAGCUCCGAGCAUGCGGGCGCAGCAUUCAGAAACACUUUAACAAGAUACGCACCACACUUUUCAAGUCGGACUUCGCUUGCAGACCUCAUUGCCGCCGGUCUUUACAGCGCUACAAGAUCCUGCGGUGGUCCUGCAGUUCCUAUUCGAGGCGGACGGAAAGAUGCUACACAAGCAGGACCAUCAGGUCAGAUUCCUGAUGCGGCGAAUGCGAUCGGUAUCUUCAGGAACCAAUUCACUCGUAUGGGCAUCACGGGUGUUAACAACACUGAAAUGAUCCAGCUGGUCGCAUGCGGUCAUACAUUGGGAGGCGUUCAUGCUGCGGAGCAACCCCUCAUUAUCAAUUCCGGAGAGUUUCCUAACAAUUACGCUCACUUCGACACCUCCUUUGCAACUUUCGACAACAAGAUUGCGACUGAAUUCCUUGCAGGAACGACGAAGAACCCCAUGGUUUUCGGUAAAGCAUACGCAGCUAAUGGCAGAGGAAGAGACUCGGAUCGCAGAGUGUAUGGCUCUGACGGCAACUACACCAUGGCAGCGAUGGCAGACCCUCAAACCUUCAACAACAUGUGCAAGGCCGUAUUCCAAAAGAUGAUCGAAAUUGUUCCUAGAGGUGUCACCCUUACCGACGUUGUCACGCCUUACGAUGUCAAGCCGUACGAUGUUCAACUGACUCUGCUGGACGGCGGUGUAUCGUUGGGUCUCACUGGAGACAUCCGAAUCAGGACAAAUUCGCGCUCUGUCAGCAAGGUCCAGCUUGUCUACAAAGAUAGGACUGGUGCUGCAUCGUCUACAUCGAUUGAUACUACGCUCAAGGGCACUGCAUCUGGAUUUGAUGAUACCUUCUCGUUCUACAGUUUCUCCACAAGCCUGUCGGUCGAGAAGUCGAUUUCAUCUUUCAAUGUUAUCGUCACUUCGUCCAGCGGAACCGAGACAUUCUCCAACAACGAUAAUGGGUUCGUUGUCGACGACAGUGUCAUCUUCCAGUCCCCUCAGAGCUGUGCUGACGGUUCUGGAAAGUUGACGGUUGUUGCAGCCGUUCGUAGCAGCGAUUCACCAAGUGUGCAGCUGGUUGCUCGAGUACCUCGCCCGAGCAAUAUUCCUGUGCCCAGUCUAUCGACAGCCACUGUUGCAAUGGCAUCUACCACCAGUGUUGGGCUCUACAAGCUGUACUCUGCAGAUUUGUCCGGUUCUUCGGCCAAUGCAGCGGUGUUCGGCAUCUUCGCGGGCAGCGCAAGUGACACCUACAAGAGCAUUGGCAGUCUACCCACAGCCUGCAAACCGUUCUCCACUGCUACCCCCGACCUCCCAGCACGCCAUCGGUCCCGCUCGACUAUCAAGGCCGAAUUGAAGGACGACGAAAUGACUGUGGAGAAAUGCGCUGCAUUCUGCAACCCGUACAAGUAUUUCGGACUCGAAUUCGGGCGCGAAUGCUACUGCGGCAACGUUCAGAACGCCAAGAGCGUUUCGGCAAGCGCCUCGGAUUGCAACGUUCCCUGUAAGGGUGAUCAGACUCAAACAUGCGGUGCCGGUCAAAGGAUGAGCUUGUACAAGACAGUUGGCUGGUCCCCGCCUGUUAACCCGGCAGUUGACGGGUAUGACUAUUUCGGCUGCUACAGUGAGACGACGGGAACGACUCGUGCGCUUUCUGAUGGAACUACUCAGAGUGACAGCAUGACUGUUCAGAAGUGCGCAGCUUCUUGCCAGGGAGCCGCCUUCUUCGGGUUAGAAAAUGGAAAUGAAUGCCACUGCGGUUCGAAAAUCAACGAGGGGAGUGCUCCUGAGCCAGAGGGCGAUUGCUCGCUACUUUGUCCCGGCAACAUGAAGACCUUAUGUGGUGCAAGCCUGCGUCUGAACGUCUACAAGAACAAGACACCGCCGACAGCAACAACUGCAACGCCGACACCCACGCCCACAGCAAGCAAGCCAUCUCUAUCUGGUUACACAUACACCGGUUGCAUCGUCGACAGUCUUAACCCCCGACCCUUAAGCGCAAGCAUGACUUCCUCUUCAGAAAAUAGCUACGCGUAUUGUGCCAACUUCUGCACCGGUUUCCCUUACUUCGGCGUCGAAUACAGCAACGAAUGCUAUUGCUCCUGGGUCCUUCCUGCAGCAACCGAUAUCAAGUCUGACGCCGACUGCAACAUGCCAUGUGCAGGUACUUCGACCCAGUUCUGCGGCGGUCCCAAUCGCAUGACAGUGUUCAAGUCCAAUGCAAACAUUGCAGUACCUGCCAAUCCAACAAUUCCGAACUAUGGAUACAAGGGAUGUUACACCGACGACAUUCGCAGCCGGGUGCUUACAACCACUAUACCGAGCGACGAUGGCAUGACAGUCGAGCGCUGUGCAAGUGCAUGUGCUGGCAGCCACUAUUUCGGAACAGAGGUCGGGAGAGAGUGUUACUGUGGAGAUAGCUUCGUAGGUGAUACCAAGAUCGUUGACCAGGGCGAGUGCUCAUCGAAGUGCGCGGGCAAUGGGGGAGAGUUCUGCGGUGCUUGGUCUAGGUUGAGUCUGUACGAGAGUAUGGAGCAUGUCAAUAGCACGGCGAGUGGCGAGGCUGAGAUGGAUCCUAGCUUUCGAUUGAAGGUCUAGAGAGUCGGUGCCGAUAUACCCAUUAUUUACGAUCUUUGAUACAUCAUAACAUUUUAAUUAUUUCGACAUGU